AUGAAUUUAUUCAUCUUUCCUCCUAUUUUUCUAUACUUGUGCGUACCAUAUUUGGAAGCUUCUGUAGUUAGUGGAAAUUUUUUAUAUCAAGGAAACGUUUCAUAUUUCGACAAGUCUUUGUUGAUAUCCGAAUUAACACCGACAAUUACAGAAAUUUCAUUAAGUUAUUGUGCCGUAGAAUGCUACAAAAACCUGGACUGUAAUGCAGUAGAGAUAUGUUCGUCUACGGAAGGAAGCAUUUACCGACUUAGUAGAAGCAUUUCAACGUCGAUGAUUACUGGAGGUAAUUCAUGCUUCCGGUAUGAAUUGGAGCAUACAUGUGGAAGGGAUUCUUACUACAACAGACGGAAUGGCCACUGCCAGUGUGUUAUAGACUGUGACUGUGGAGCUAUCACGCCAUCUAUCGGCGGAAUAUUGACACACAGAGUAAAGUUAGAUAGUGGCCAACAAUUCUCUGCAAAUUGCAUGAAUACAGCUGGUCAUAUUUGGACGAUGAUUCAAAGAAGAGUUGACGGUUCUGUGAACUUCUACAGAGAGUGGAUGGAAUAUAAAAACGGAUUUGGUGACCUUACGUCUGAGUUCUGGAUCGGGCUUGACAACAUCCGCCUUUUGGUGACCAAUGGUUAUACAGUUCUACGAGUGGAAUUAGAAUACGGUACAGAAUCGGUGUAUGCUGAGUACAGUAGUUUUUAUAUAGCCGGAGAAGAUGACAAGUAUCGAAUCCAUGUCCUUGGGUACAACGGAACAGCGGGAGACGGGAUUUCGUGUACACAUCAGCUCUGCAUCAAUGAUGCGCAGUUUUCCACAUUUGAUAAUGAUAAUGACGCCCAACCGGCAUAUAAUAAUGCAGAACUGUGGCGAGGAGCCUGGUGGUAUCACGACGGACAUAUGUCAAACCUCAAUGGUGAAUACGGUAAUAACAAUCAUGGACAAGGAAUUAGCUGGUAUUUCUUCAAAGGAUGGACAACUUCUUUGUCUAAAACCCGGAUGAUGCUUCGACGAGCCUGA